AUGAGAAGAAAAACAACUCGAAACACCGAACCCAAAAGAAAAGAAUAUUUAGACUUCAGCACUUACGUAAAUUCUCUUAAAUCCACACCUUCAACCACAAAAAACAAUCGACAUCCCGGAUUAUCCCUCAACAACUCUCCAAUCUCUCAAGAAAGACAACGAACUUCUGGUACCCGGACUCCCCACACAACCAAACAUAGGUCUUCCCACCCUUCUUUAAUGCUCUCCGAAAUCAGGUCAACCGAAAUAAACCCUCCUGAUGACCCCAAAUUUAAAAAUUUCAUACAAGAUGAAGCAAAUAAAAGACUAUUCCGAGGCUCCAGAGGCGAAAUUUUUUUGUCACUUUUAAAUCCAAUUUCUCGAUUCGACUCAGUCGAAAAUGCUGAAAAAUUUUUUAAUUUGGAAAAUGAAUUAGAAAACGUUGACAAUGAAAAAUUUAAAGAGUUUACUGAAAGCUUAUUUUAUUUGAAAAAACUGAAAUUUGACUUAGAAUUGACAUUUCAAAUGACGAGGGCUAAAGAUUUAGGAAAAGAAAUAGAAAAAUUGCCAGUUGGGCUUUAUUAUCAGUUAGAAGAUGAGCUGCAUCAGCUUACAAAUGUGGAUGCAAAAAGAAUUCUAAAAAUUCCUAGCUCGGAAAUUGUGGAAAAAUUAAAUAGAUAUACUGUAUUUGUAAGGGAAACUAUAAGAGCUGUCCGAUCUAAAGGCGCUUUAGAUGAAGCGAUUAUUUUUGAAAUGCUGUGAAGAGUUGUUUUAAAAGCAUUUGAUUUGUCAUUAAGAAUCCAUGAUUACACUAUUACUGAUGCUGUUGAGAUGAUGAAGCUAAAAAUUAGGGAUUAUAUAUAAGAAUUUAUGCUGAUUAGCCUAUUAAGAAGCAAAUAUCAGCUGGCUAAUUUAAAAAAAGUUAAAUAAAGCUAGCCAAAAAUACCUAUUUUUAGGCUAUUCAUCGUAAAAUUGUAUAGAAAAACACAGAAAAGAAACAGAAACAUUACAAAAUGAUUUAAAAAGAAAAGACGCUUCAUAUUUAGAAUAUAUUAAAAACCUCAAAAAGACUAUAGAUGAUAUGAAAGAAGAAAUAAAAACACUAAAACAAGCCUCAUUAGACAAAGAUAUCAAAAUUGUAGAGCUUACAGAAAUAGACAAUAGGUUCGACAUAAUAAAAGGUGUAGGAAAAAUGCUAAAAAAGCUGGACUCCGUUAUAACAGAAACUGUAGACGAAAAUGAAAAACAAGCAGUCACACUAAAUACGAUAUCUGGGAUGAUGGAAAUCGCGAAACAUAUUGAUAGCAAAAAACCUUCAAAAGAGAAAGAUACACAAACAGACUGGUGUUUCAUACAAAAUAAGCUUGGGAUACAGGAACAAUCAUAUCCGCAGCUAUCAAUUCAUCCUUUUUAUGACAUUAUAAAAGAAGGUCCUUGUGCUUUAAAUGAAGAAGACAUAAAAAAUAUAUUUUAUGAAGCUUUACAAAGCUAUAAAGGUGCUGAAAAAUUUCCGAAUUUUUUUUUAUCAAAAAUAGUCCCAAGGUUUUUUUCAAAGGAAGAGUUAGGUGUUGGGCUGUAUAAUAUAUGUAAAAAAGUAAAAGAAUUGAAAAAUAAUAAUGUGCAUUGAGCUGUUGUUGCUGAAAAAAUGCUGAGCCUUUCAUAUAUGUUACCAUUCCAAAUAGAAAAUUUUAUAUCAAAAUUGAUAUCACAGUUCUUAGACCUGAAAAUUCCAAAUGGGCCAAUUUACCAAGCACCUUUUCAAGCACUGCAGCAAAAUUUAGAAAAAUUAGCGAUCCGAGACCAAGAAUUAGCAGAGUUUAUAAUGACAAAUAUCAAUAUAUCUGCCCCAUUUGCAGACAAAAAUACACUAAAUGACGAAGAAUUAAAAAUAAAUUCAAUACUUAUCAGAUUCGUAUACAGCCUUAGCCAAAGCAAGAAAAACUACAAAAGCAUAAUUGAUAGCGUUGAUAUUGAUAAAUCUGGACAAAGUAAUCAAUAAUUAGUCAAUUUUGAAUCCUUUACCAUUCUCAUUCGAGAAAAGUGUGGAUUUUCUCUAUCAGAUGAAAAUUUGCAUUUAUUUUGAAAAUAUUUUAACCCCGAAAAUAAAGAAUUUAUCGAUAAAAAAUUUUUUAUUUACGAUCUCAAAUUUAACGAAAAUUUAGAAAAAUCGAAAUCCUGCGUAGUUUUUAUCGAAGAUUUUGUGCUGCUAAUAUUGACAGAGUUUGAGAAAAGAUAUAACGAAAUAAAAGAAAACUAUGAGGAAUUGGAAAAUGUUAGCACAUAUCAGGAAUAUUAUUCAAUUUUAAAUCAGUUGCGUCCAGACUUGAAUGAGGAGGUAAUAAUGAAUUCGUACACAGAUUUUCUGAUUACAAGUAGCUUACUACCCCCCUCCGUGAGCGAACAAAACCAUUAGAAAAAUCCCUAUUUUUUGCCCAAAAACCCACCCUCCGUGAGUGAACAAAAAUUUUUUAUGGAAAAAAAAUUUGAUAUAUAAAUGAUAAUUAGUAUAAUGAAAUCUAGAGCUAAUUCUGUUUAAUUUUUAAACAAAUUGCUUUUUAAAACAUAAAUUUUAUAAAUUAAAUUAAUAUUUGCUUUCCAAUUUUUGCGAAUUAGGAUUUUUUUAAAUUUCGAAAAAAUAUUUUUUUAUAAAAUUUGUAUAUAAAUUUUUUUAAAAAAAAAAAAUUAACCCCCUCCGUGAGUGAACAAAAUGUUUUUGUUCACUCACGGAGGGGAGUUAGGCUAUAUUAUUGAUAAAUACAAGCUUCUCCAAUUAAAAAUCCCUCAAGUGGAAUUCCGAAGGUCGUCAACUAUUAUAUCUGGCAGAAGAAGGACAUUGUUUAAAUAA